AUGGGGAACGUUUUUGAAAAGCUUUUUAAGAGUCUGUUUGGAAAAAAAGAGAUGCGAAUCCUUAUGGUGGGUUUGGAUGCAGCCGGAAAAACCACCAUCCUCUAUAAACUGAAGCUGGGAGAGAUUGUGACCACGAUCCCCACAAUAGGUUUCAAUGUGGAGACAGUAGAAUAUAAAAAUAUCAGCUUCACUGUCUGGGAUGUUGGCGGCCAGGACAAAAUCAGGCCUUUGUGGCGACAUUAUUUCCAAAAUACCCAAGGUCUGAUUUUUGUGGUUGACAGUAACGACAGAGAGCGGGUCAACGAGGCCCGAGAAGAGCUAACCAGAAUGUUAGCAGAAGACGAGCUCAGAGAUGCAGUUUUGUUGGUAUUUGUAAAUAAACAGGACCUCCCCAAUGCUAUGAAUGCAGCAGAGAUAACAGACAAGCUUGGCCUCCACUCCCUCCGCCAGAGAAACUGGUACAUCCAGGCUACAUGUGCCACCAGUGGAGACGGGCUUUACGAAGGCCUGGACUGGCUCUCCAACCAGCUCAAAAACAAGAAGUGA